GAAGAACACCGCCCGAUGCUGCUGCUGCCGCUGCCACUGCCACUGAUGCCCUUCGCCCGGGCGGUGGCGCAUCUUCUCAUGUCCCUCGGAGCCGGCUCCUCCAAGCGACUCCGCACCAUGCCUACGAUCGGCACGCACGACGGCACGUUCCACUGCGACGAGGUGCUCGCCUGCUUCUUGCUGCGCCAGCUACCGCGGUACAAGGAUGCCAAGGUGGUGCGUACCCGUGACCCAAAGGCUUUGGCCACAUGUGAUGUAGUGGUGGACGUCGGUGGUGAGUAUGACCCUGGACGUCACCGCUAUGACCACCACCAAAGGUCAUUUGCGGAGAGCAUGCAUAGCCUGUGUGCAGAGAAGCCGUGGGUGACGAAGCUGAGCAGUGCGGGGCUGGUGUACUUGCACUUUGGGGAGGAAGUCAUCACCAGCAUCACGGGUCUGGGUAAAGAGGAUGCCAAUGUCACGACGCUCUACAACAAGAUGUAUGAGAAAUUUGUCGAGGAAGUGGACGCCAUCGACAACGGAAUCUCGCAGCAUGACGGCGAGCCUCGCUAUGCCAUCACGACCGGGCUGAGUGCGCGUGUUGGAAGGCUCAACCCGAUGUGGAAUGACCCCGACCACAGCGGCGAUAAGCGAUUUUGGAAGGCGGUGGAGAUGGUGGGAGCGGAGUUCCUGGACAGGCUGCAUUUCUACUGGAAGGCCUGGCUGCCUGCACGGCAACUCGUCGAGAUGGCCAUCCUUUCCCGCCACAAGGUGGAUGAGGGUGGAGAGAUAGUGGAGUUUGAAGCAGGUGGAUGCCCCUGGAAGGAGCACCUCUUCACGCUUGAGGAGACGCUGUCCGUUGACAAGGCAAUCAAGUAUGCCAUCUUCACGGACCAGAAGGGCAGCUGGCGAGUGCAGUGCGUGCCGGUCGCUGUGCACUCCUUCGAGAACAGGCUGUCUUUGCCGGAGUCGUGGCGAGGCCUACGCGACGAAGCACUGUCUUCCCACUGCGGCAUCCCCGGCUGUGUGUUCGUGCACGCCGGCGGCUUCAUUGGAGGCCACAGCACGCGGGACGGGGCGCUCGAGAUGGCCCGGCGCUCCCUCAAGGCGGCGGCUUCACAAUGCUCUCUGGCUACCGCUUAGGCUUUGUCUUUCCAUGCAUCUUCCUUCCUCUCCCUCGCCUCGUGCCGUUUAUGUACAUCUCCGGUCAUCACGGUUGGCUACGUAUGGUGCGAAAGAAGUUCUACAUAUGCACGUGCGUGCACGGGGUCAGCGGCUCUCCUUAUUCGUUGCUUUAUAUGGCGAUUGUUUAAAUACAGCAGCAGCUCAAAGCGCCAUCUCAUCUCAAACAUUAAAAGGACCCCCCCCCUGCCCCUCAGCAGCUGUCCUCAUGCAGCACAAGGUGACCCAGAACUGGCCUACAAGUGUGCAUGUUUGCCAGUAUGGGGGUGAUGAUUGCUAUGCGAAACUCCAAUCGACUAAAUUGCAGGUCAUGUUUCGAAUCUGCAAGUUUUGACCAUGACGCGCACAAACAUCGGCCUACUCGUUUCCAUUGGCAUCACGGGAUCUUUAACAUCCACUGUAAAGGAGGCGGCUUAUAUUCAUGGUUUAUGCACGUGCAGUAUUAACUAUGGAGACCUGCAGGAUCAAACCACGAAACCUCGGUUACAAUCAUUCACUUUGUAACAACAACAAAAAAUAUUCCUGGGUCGUGUUAUUUCCUAAUUGAUUAUGCCUCAAAAGUACAGAAAAUGGCUAUUAUUCCCCACAAACUUUGCUUUUGUGACCAGGACAGUGAUAUUUUGAAAUGUAUCUAUUUUCAAUGAGAAAACGUGGGCAUUUGUGUGUUUCGUUCACAUAAAGUCCUGGUCACAAAAGCUAAAUUUGUGGGGAAUAAUAGCCAUUUUCUAUACUUUUUCGGCAUAAGCAAUUUAAAAAUAACACUUACUACCCAGGAACAAAAAUUGUGUUACAUAUAUAAUCGGCCCAUUUCCCCACCUCCACGGCAGCCAGACAACCUCACUAUCUAACCCCUGUGGUUGCCAAUAACUGAACAUUGUGCAGAUGGCAUAGGAGAGUAUAAAGUACAUCUCAGCACUGAACAUCAUUAAACAGUUGAACAUUACAAUCAAUAGUGAAAGUAAAAUAAAAUUGUAUUUGUCAGUGGAAAUGGAAGUAGUGAGAUGUUUUGGUGUUUCUGUACCACUCAACAUUAAAUUUAAAUAAACAGCAAGUUAUUCUCUU